UGAUAAUUUUUUAUCAUGUAAUUUUUGGAAAGUUAAUUUUAAAGGCUUGGCUGCAAUAAGCUGUCGAGAUCAAGAUGGAUGAAAUGUGGCCCGAUGACGACUAUUCGACCACAUCUGCCAGUCUGCCAUCACUGGACGCGGCCGUGCCGCGCAGAGGCGGUCUGUUGCGACUCUUCUCGAGCCGCGUCUCGGUGCGCUCCGGCGCCGACGUCUCUGAACCGCGCUCCCACCGACGCGCCAGCGACACCAGCUUGUGCCGUGGCUCGCCGCCCUCGUCCGCGACCGACUCGACCGAGGGCCGCAGCUACGUGGGCGUGCUGCGCCGCAUCAGCUCGAUCCUGGGAGCCGGCGGCCAGGGCGGGCCGGGCGACAGCGAACUGAAGCAGCACUGGCUGCCGGACGCCGUCAGCCGCGAGUGCUACGACUGCGGCGACAAGUUCACCACGUUCAGACGCCGCCACCACUGCCGCAUCUGCGGACAGAUUUUCUGCUCCCGCUGCUGUAACCAGGUGAUCCCGGGCAAGGUGCUCGGCUAUAGCGGUGACCUGCGCGUCUGCACCUACUGCUCCAAGGUGGUGAUGACCUACGUCCAGACCAUCACGUCCGGCGCAGACGCCGACGAGCAUGUGGACCAGAAUGCGGUGCUGGAGAAGGUACACGCGCACUUGGAAGCAGCGAACCAACUGAGCAGCGACAGAUCCAGCUCUCUUCCGCGGCUCAGCAAGAUGCACAGGAAAAAGUACAGUCUCGGCAUGACGGAUGCCAGUCUCCGUGACCAGGUUGAUCCGCACGAGAGCGUCUCUGACCCUCUGGAGCAGGAGCAGGAUCUGACCUACUUGACCACCUUGCUGCACAUGAUUACAAACCCUAUCCACGGCGUCGGGCUUGGCAACCACCGGCACCGGCUGAAAAACUACGGCGCCUGUCUGGUGGGCUCCGAAGUGGUGGACUGGAUGAUCUCGCAGCGGAAGGUGACGAGGCGUGCUCAGUCCGUGGCCAUCGGACAGCGUCUGGUUGACAUGAAACUGCUCGAAUGUGUCAGUCACAACACGACUGCUUUCCGAGACGACUACUGCCUGUAUCGGCCCUCGCCGGUAGCCAUGCGGCGUCCGGCACUUUCGGAGCCUGAGGAGCCCGACCUGGAGGAGCCCCACUGGCUCUCCCAGAUCGAGCUCAAGGAGAGCCACGGCGGUGGUGCAGCCACCGACGAGCCGGCCGGCGCGCCGCUGGCCCACUCUGGCUCCAUGUACGACAUCGAGCUAGAUGUGUCGGGCAGCGUGGCGUCCAUCUCGCGGGCGCAGCUGCUCCGCCAGAUGACACCGCCGGAGCCCGCCGCCGCCGCGCAGGGUCUUCACGAGGCGGCCACUGAGUAUCUGGACUCGGCAGCGACCGAGGCUGACCCACGGCGCCAGCAGGCCGACAAACGACUCUCUGCCGCUUUCGAGGCUCUCGAGUCGAGUCUGCUGAGUCAGCUGCUUGAUUCGGCCGGCCUGCCUGCCAAGUGGUAUGAGCCGAUACUUGAUUUGUCCCGCCAGUUGAGCCGGCUUGUGAAACCCGAUGUUCGCCAUGAGUGCGAUGACCUCGACGUUCGUCAGUUUGUCAAAAUAAAGCGCAUUCCUGGCGGCAAGCCUGCUGAAUCACAGAUCGUACAGGGCGUCGUCUGUCGGAAGAACAUUGUGCAUAACGACAUGCCAUCCCAACUGACGAAUCCGCAGAUCCUGCUCAUCAGCUGUCCAGUGUCUUACCAGCGUUACCAGGAUCGAGCUGUCUCCUUGGAGCCGAUGAUGAUGCAGGAGCGGGAGGUGCUGCGCAACAUCACUGCGCAGCUGUUGUCACUAGCGCCCGACCUGAUCGUCGUCGAGAAGCACGUCGACAGCAUGGCGCGCGACAUGCUGCGCGAGGCCGGUGUCACACUCGUCACCAACAUGAAAAGACAGGUGCUGGCGCGGAUCGCGCGCUGCACCCAGGCAGACGUGAUGGACCACGUGGAUGCCCGCCUGGCGGCGCCCGUGCUGGGCAUCUGCCACUCAUUCUACACUAAACAGUUCACCAUGGAGGGUGGCAGCAAGAAGACCUUCAUGUUCUUUGACGGCUGUGCAAGUCACCUGGGUUGUACGGUGCUGGUGCGUGGUGGUCACAUGAACCAGCUGAGACGUGUGAAGCACGUGCUGCGCUUCAUGGUAUCAGUGCAGUACAACUGGCUCCUGCAGAAGAGUUACCUGCGUGACUUGGUAUCUGUGCCACCGCCAUUCGGAAACCAAGUUCUGCUUGCUCAAGAUGAGGCACCAGAGGACUCGAGGGACAAGACCCGUGCCGGGAGUGUCUCCAAAACGAACGGGGCUAGCUCCCGGCCGCGCGCCUCUACCGCGCCGCCCGAUGUGGCGACGGUGGCCCCGGCGACAGGAGACGAGCGACUCCGCUCUCCGCGACGACCGGGCGAGAUGGUGACCGACUGCAGUGACCCGCUGCAGCGUCCGGCGCCAGCGCCGGUACCGGACACCAGCACGCCGGGGCUCAAGGUUGAGAUCCUGCCCGAUCGCAACAAGUUCCGAAAGUUGUUGGGCGACACGAUCGUGUGCUGUACGCCGUAUGCAAGGGUGGCCAUGCCGUACCUGGAAACGGAGGAGGGGAAGCGGAGUAGUCUGCGCCGCUUCUUCACAGCGAAUCUCUACUGGUCGGUUGAAUUUGACAAAGCCGAGAAGGCACGUCGCGCACACAUCCGCAAGGCCCCGAUCGAAACUCGGCCAGGUCCGACGUUGCUGCCUGAGCACGAGUUUGUGACGCGCUGCUUCACCCGCACGGUCGACGACGAUCAAAUGCAGGCGCUGCUGGCCGACUUCAGAGCGCGCGGCGGCCGGUGCCCGCGGGUAGAGCCAGUCGAGCCCAAUCAGGUGGAACCUGUCCAGGACCGGCUAGAGGACUGGGUGGUUCCCUGUGACGCGCUCAAUCCCAUCAACCACCAGAAGAUCGCCGUGCAGACGUACACCUACUCGAAGCUGCCGAGCGGCGUGUCGGUUGGCUGCUGUGACCCGCAUGUCAUGAUGGUCAUGUUCAAUGGCGACAGUGACACCACGCUGGGUACCUUCCUCGAGGCCGAAUGUUUCACACCAGCCUUCAAAUGCCUGAAGAAAGACUGUGUGGUGCCGCAGGAGGGACAUGUGCACCGCUUUCUCCAUGACAACAGCUGUGUGUCACUGCUCGUGUGGACCCUGCUCGAGCCGUGUCCCGACAAGCGCAUCUGGAUGUGGACGUGGUGCCGACAGUGUGAGCGCGGCUCGGCUGCCAGGCCCAUGACCGAAGACACGUGGACGUUAUCGUUCGGCAAGUUCCUGGAGACGUUCUUCCUGUGUGAACAGUACUCGUCGUUGGACGGCUGCUCGCACAGCCUAUUCCGGGAUCGCGCGCACUACUUCGCACUGCAGGACCGUGUCGCCGUCUUCAGUCACUCUCAGAUACAGCUGAACGACAUCGUGCUGCCGCAGCUGGACAUCACCGUUGAGCUGGGACCGCGAACCCAGCUCCGUCUGACCGAGGACCUGCAUGCACUCUCCGAGGGUGUGCAGCUCUUCAGUUCGAUCGUGGAGCGCUUGCUGUCUUUGCGUGCGGCGGCUGCCAGCGACGCCAAAGUGACUGAGGCGUUGCGGACCGCCCAGGAAGAGGUGGACGACGAGAAGCGGGCGUUCCGCACGCUGCUGACCGACAUCGAGACAAUGGUGGCGCCUCUGGUGGGGGAGGCCACUGACGGCGCGUGUCGUCUGGACGAGGACCGUGUGUUCGCCGCCUCCGACCGGGCCGUGCAGGCCAAACGGAUGAUGGCCGACACAGCGCACAAGUGGAAUACACGGCUGCAAGAGUUGGCUAAAGCAGUCAAAGCUAUUCCGCGACCGAAGGCGGAAGAAGUGACAGCGGAGGCAGAAAAGCCUCCGAAGAAACACUCUAACGAUGGGAAAGUGUUAGAGACCAGCACUUCCAGUCGGAAGAGCUCCAACGACCAAAAGUCCAGCUACGAUUCGAAGCAGAAGGAGGGCGCCGAUCCCGAGCCGGCGACCGAGGACGCGGCUGAUCUAUCGUCAGUCAGCAAAGUCAAGUCCAUCACUGUCGGCGGCAUCAAGGCGCUCAAGUCGCUGGCAUGGUCCAGUGGGGAGCUGGGAGAGCGGCUGACCUCUUCGCUCCCAGUCAAUGAGCACCAUCGGCUGCCGCCAACCGUGCCGCCGUCCUUCAUCUGCGGCGAAGACUUGGGCUCGAUCAUCGCCUACUGCAUGCUGACUCAGGAGUACAGCCGGCGACUGGCCGAGAUCCGGCAGCAGCUGGAGCGACCCGCCGACAGCGCCGAGGAGCCGGGCCCGGAGCGCAGCGGCCGCAUCUCCGAGUCGUCGACCGCCAACAGUGACGGUACUGGCGGCGCUGCUGAACGCGGCGAGCGCGGUGAAAAGUAUCUGGCCCAGUACCACAUCGACAUCAACAUGUCCGAGGACAACGCCAACUUCUACUGUCAGGUGCUGCUCGCCGAGCAUUUCCGCCGACUGCGCCAAGCUGUGUUCUCGGCCGGCGAGGAACGCUUCGUCCGCUGCCUCAUGCACUGUCAGCCGUGGAACGCCAAGGGAGGGAAGUCGGGAUCUACGUUCCACAAGUCUUGUGAUGAUCGCUUCGUCAUUAAGACCAUCUCCAAAGUCGAAAAGGAUCACUUUGUGCGCUUUGGCAUCCGCUACGUGGAAUACAUCUUGGACAGCCUGACGACCGGACGACCCUCUGUGCUCGCCAAAAUCCUGGGCGUGUUCCUGGUGGGUUACAAGAACAACGUCACUGGUCAGGCGAAGAAGUGUUACAUGGUCGUGAUGGAGAACCUUCUGUAUGGCCGGCAGAUCUCGCAGAAGUUCGACCUGAAGGGCUCUAUGCGAAACCGCCUGGCCGACACCAAGGACAAAUCCGAAGUGGUGCUGCUCGACCAGACAUGGUGA